GAGAGGAGGCGCAUGGUGUGAGAGAAUUAUUGCCGAGCCGAGAAGAAAAAUAUUUAUUCGUCACAGUGAACUCGGGAAAUGUUGAGCAUUGUGGUUUUGACCAAAUCAUUGGACCGGGAUUCCCUCUCGAAGACGGCUUGACAUGUCGAUUCUGCGAUAGAGUGGAAACAUACGGGGCUCCCAAGUUCUUCUCGGCCGUUUUCCCGACUAGCUGUCCUGAGAGAUGGCCGACCGCCUGACACAGCUCCAGGACUCCGUCAACUUGCAAGCCGAGAAUUUCUGCAACAGUAUCGGAAUCCUCCAACAGCUCGCUCAGCCUUCUACAUUCCCCGAGUUCGAAAAAACGGGCAAGCCCAGCUCCCAACCACAAGAAGAUUACGCGCAACUUUUCGCAACCAUGAUCGCACGGACUGCCAAAGACAUGGACGUUUUGAUCGAAUCUCUUCCCGGAGAGGAAGCUGCCCCAGAAUUGCAGGCGAAUAAUCUCCAAAAGCUUGAAAUCGAGAAUAAUGAGGCCGCCAAUCGCUUGCAAGAAGUCGUGAUGCGAGGGGAAUGUUUGCUGGCACAAGUGCAAAAAGCUCUGGCGGAAAUCGCCAGCCAACAGCUCUCUUCGAAGCAACAGGUAUCCGACGAAUCAUCGAGACGGAAUACUGCACCACCGAAUCCGGAUAAUUACUGAAAGUUGUGCAUAAGAGUUGAUAUU